AUGAGGCCAGGCCUGGACCGCCGGUCAGGCGGGUUUGGGUUAAAGGGAGGUGGCUUGGAGGGAUGAGGAUCUAUCUUUAACUCGCUCAGUUACUCAGCGCUUUCUGCUCGGGAAGAUCGGGCUACCUUUCCCCCUGAAGGAGUAGGGAGAGAAAGUUUUUUUUGAACAAAAUGAUGGAAAGCCAGACUGAGGAGAGGACUCCGCUGCUCCCGGAGAGACGGACGGUUUCUGCCUUCCACGGCCGGCGGCUGGCCUGCGGUGCCGUGCUGGUGACGGAGUGCUUGGAGCGAAUGGCAUUUUACGGUAUCACAAGUGGCCUGGUGCUUUUCCUCAACAGCGAGCCCUACAACUGGCUAGGGGCCCAGUCGAGUCAGACUCUGCUGAUCUUCAUGGGCAUCAGUUACUUCGUGUCCCCUUUCGGAGGGUGGCUGGCGGAUGCCUGGCUGGGAAGGUUCCCCACCAUCCUCCUGAGCAUGCUCCUCUACCUGAUUGGAAUGAUGUUGUUCCCUUUUAUUUCAUGUGAUCGAACUCAACGUUACCUUUGUGGAGAAAUGGAGUACUAUCCCAUCUUGGACCCCAAGUGCAUCAAUAACAGCUCCAGUGCUUGCAUUUUUCACCGUGAUAGUUACUGCCGACCGGCUAUCUACGUGGGGCUGGUCUUAGUCGCACUUGGUGUGGGAUCUGUGAAGGCAAAUAUAACUCCAUUUGGAGCAGAUCAGGUGAAAGAUAGAGGCUCUGAGGCCACACGUCGAUUUUUCAACUGGUUCUAUUGGUCAAUUAAUCUGGGUGCUAUCGUCUCACUGGCUGGCAUUUCAUAUAUUCAACAGAAUUGUAGCUUUCUCCUUGGAUACAUCAUACCGACUGUUUGCAUGGGUAUCUCUUUCUUGGUUUUUGUAUUUGGCAAAUCAGUUUUUGUCUCAAAGCCACCGGAUGGUAGCUCCUUUACAGACUUAUUUAAAAUUCUUUUUUACUCAUGCUUUUCAAGAAAGCUGAAUAAUGAAGAAAAUAGCAGCCAGAACAACGGGAUCUACCCAUCAACUGUUAAACCAGGUUGUCUGGAUCUGGCCAAGAUUGUAUAUGGUGGUGAAUUUCAAGAUAACAAAGUGGAGGAUGUGAAGACCUUUGUCAAAAUAAUCCCAGUGUUCUUAGCACUCAUUCCUUACUGGAUGGUUUACUUUCAGAUGCAAACUACAUAUGUUCUACAGAGCUUGCACCUUCGGAUUCCAACAUUUUCUGCUGAGUAUAAUAGCAGCAACAUUAUCAAUUCAUUUGCAAGCUGCAAACAUCAUAUGCUUCCAGCUGCUUGGUUCACCAUGUUUGAUGCAGUACUUAUUCUGAUUCUGAUCCCAGUCAAAGACAAAGUGGUAGAUCCCGUGUUAAAGAGGAAAGGCUUGCUGCCUACGCCCUUGAUGAGAAUUGCUGUUGGCAUGUUUUUUGUUAUGUGCUCUGCAGUGGCUGCUGGAAUUCUGGAAGACCAGCGUUUGAAUAGCCUGAAAAACGGCACGAUUUUACAACAAAUCGGGGAUGUAUGGUAUAAUGCCGCACCAUUAUCAAUAUGGUGGCAGAUUCCACAGUAUGUGAUGAUUGGGAUCAGUGAAAUAUUUGCAAGUAUAGCAGGGCUGGAGUUUGCCUACUCAGCAGCACCCAAAUCUAUGCAAAGUGCCAUCAUGGGUCUAUUCUUUUUCUUCACUGGAGUUGGCUCCUUUGUCGGUUCAGGACUUCUAGCCCUUGUAACAGUUGACGGAAUUGGUUGGAUGAAUUGCAAAAGUGACUUUGGUUGGGGGAACAAGAGUACAACAAGACUGCCAUGCCUGAGCACCACAAAGGCCCCCACCUUUUACUACCUUUGUAUCAGCAGUUUGGUCCAUCCUGCAUAUGAAGAAGCCUUCAGGUCGUACUGAUGCAUCCGGUGUGUUUGGAGUAAGCCGUGUCUCCAUGAAACACAAAACAGCAAUUCCUCAUUUCCCUCAGAUAUAGCAAUCUUGCCCUUGGGCCCUCAAUCUUGUUCUCCAGCAACUACAUUUGCUAACAAGAUGCUGGGUAGAGGGAGUUUUCCUCUGCGUCUCAGUCUGGCGUGGAGUCUGCCCCCCCUCCCUCUUUUUUAGCCAUGGCGUUGUACUUUCGUCUGCUUAAACAUGCCGUAGCAGCAUGCUACGGAAGUUUCUGAAACCUCUAGUUUAUUAAGUCAGUCCAAAAGUACAAUGCUUAAAGAGGAAUUACUGGCUGCAGAUUGCAGUGUGAGUAAUGCAGAAGGACUAUAUUUAGAAGUUUUGUAAGUAACCUGCAACAUGUUGCUGUGGUUCAGAGGUGCCUUCUUGAUAUACCUAUGAUAAUUAUUCAGACUAAGCCAGCAUGCCUAUAUGUGUCUUAAAUGUUCCAUGUAAUUAGGCUUGUUGUUAUACAGACCCAACAACUUUUGUCUUUAACCUUCCUUGUAAAUUCAUUGUGUAACAUGAAUAAAAAUCUGCUUCUAUGUUGUUCCAGUUUGUUGAUGAAUGCCAUUGUAUAGGCAAACCAAUUACUUUUGCUGUUUUCCAUCUGAGAAUGUAUAUAUCAAAAUUCAAACUGUAGCAAUAAAUGGUAUAUAAUAUUGAGUCUUCUUCCAACCGAAAUAGGAAUUGCAGUUAUAAAAUGGUAUUGGCAAUUUUAAGAUCGGUAUAAUUCUAUAAUCUGUGCCUAAAAUAAUUUUGCACACUAAGGAGUUAUUUACUUGUUCCAUCUUGUGUUCCUGCCUUAAGCUUGAUAGUCUGCUUAUUUAGUUCCUUGAACUUUUUCUCUUCACAAUGCCAUGGCUAGAAUUCAGCUUCCCUUUUUCAAGCUUCAUGGGAGGCCAGUUUCCGUUAAUGAAAAUAGAAUAAAAAGAAUCUUCCUCAUUCAGUCAAAACACACAAAAAACACAGCAGGCCAGGCAGCAUCUAUGGAAAAGAGUAUAGUCGACGUUUCGGGCUGAAACCCUUCAGCAGGACCAUUCAGUGUUUGCUCACUCACUCAACUGUCAGUCGUUCUUACUCCCUUCUCGCUCAUCCCAGAUGUGAUUCGUACUUCCUUUUCACUCACCCCAUUCUCUGGUGUUUUCACUCCUUGAUCACUCACCCCACUACCAGUGAUCCUCGGUGCUCAUUCUGUUUAAAAAAGGAUCAUUUGGGGGGAUUUUUCCCCCACCUCCAAUUUCAGGAGUAUUUGUUUUGUUCAAUUGUUCUGACUUUUUUUUACCUGUUUUCCUAUGCCAAGUAAAGAAGAUGUGCAUAAACUUCAGGUUAUACUAAUAUAUCUUUAAAUCACAAUGUUGAAAGUGAUUGGUAUUCUAAUGGUCAGUAUAUGUGCUUUUCCUAUAUUCAUCUCCAAAAGGAAGGUGGAUCUAUUCCAAAGUACUUUGGAAAAAGCUCUACUACUGCUUUGACAUCCCUAAUAUUAUGCAUCAGAAAUAUACAGCUUGUUAGAUUUAAUUGCACCAUAUUUCAUGAUGCUGAGCAAUUACAGUUCAUUUGUCAAACAGAGGAAUAAAACAAUACUGAUGUUAAAUUUCUCAGCAUCUAUAAAAAGCAGCAGUAUCUUGUUCUAGUUUAGCAAGAAACUUAAAUAAUAAUUUGAUAAAUUAUUGAGAUCCCAGUUUUAGAUUAUGCAGAUAUUUCAUUCUCAUAAGAAGGCAUAAUUUUAUUAUAGUACUAUAUUUUAGUUCCCAAAUUUUAAUGAGUUUCCUGUAAUUUAGAGAAGUGCAAGUUGCCUUGCUGCCUCAGUCCCAGUGUAGUUAGUUAAGACAAUGGUUGCUACAUUUUUGACUUAAAUAUAUAGGUUAUUACACUAACUGUGAUGGAUGUGAAGGGAUUGUAAUCCUUCAGAAGUGUCAGUGGCAGUAAAGUGCAUUUUUUUUAAAUAAGUGAUAUAAUUAAUUGAAAGAAAUCUAGAAAUUUGAAAUGUAAUUCUAAACGUGUACAGAGCUCUCUGGGUUAUAAAUUGCCUGCAGUGUAGAAAUUUGGCUAUGUGAAUUCUCCCUUACAUUUUUAAAGCAUUUUUCAGGCUUUGAAUAAUGUUUCAUGGUGUUCAUUGAUAUACCAGAUACAGUAGAUAAUGUUUUAGUUUAAUUGUGGGUACUGCUUGGGUGACCAUUCAAUGAAAUGAACGACUUAUAGCAAGUGUCUGUAGAGUGAUAUGAAUUGAGUUACUAUAGAAAACAGUUUGUGUCUUACGGAGAAAUCAGAUUACAGGUAUUUCCCAACUAUGAAACAUUUGCUGAGAUUACCUAUAUUUGUUUUCAAGCAAUGUAUAUCUGAAACAAUGACUAUUUCUAUAAGUGAACAGCUUGAACAUUAAGUGCAAUUGAAUAGUUGACAGUUUUCUAUAAGAGUGAAAUCCAAAGCAAUGGUAUUUUAACAUAAAUAUUGCAGCAAGAAUUGAAAUUCAUAUAUGGUGUUGCCAUAGAUAGAUAGGCAAUAGAUGUACAUCUUCAAAAAUAAGUGUUCUAAUACUGAUUUACUUACAAAUGUAUAGAAAUUAACACUUUGGCUUUCAAAUUAUUUUUAAAUUUACUUCUAAAUGAACAUCAUGGGAUUAAUUUAGGUUCAACAUCUUUCAUUUUUGUGAAGUACUGUAGCAUAUAUAAAAUAGCUGCUCUUAAAUCUGGCUGAUUAACAAUAUUUAAUUCCAUUUCACUAUGGUUACUGCAUUUUAUACAAUGGUCACUCACUUCAAAAGGACUUGAUUGGCUGUAAGGUACGAUUUUGUCUUUACUUGUAUUAUUCAUGCCAAAUUAUUUUAGAACUGCAUCAAUCUUAUCCAGCAUUUGUACUUUUGAACACUUUCAAUGUCAUUGUGUCCAGCAUCUAUUCUAUACAUUAGUAAAACUUUAAUCCAGAACCCUUGGGUCAUUGGUGGAGCAGAAUUGCAACGUUUUUAGAUUGUUGUAUGUUACAUAUGUUUUCCCAAAAUACUUUAUUUUAAAGCUCAAAAUAAAUUUAUUAUCAAAGUGUAUGUAUGUCACAUGUACAGCCCUGAGCUUAAUUUUCUCCUGGGCAAACUCCCUAUAUAUAAUAUAUUGAAUAUUGGGAACAUGAGGUGAAGCAUCCUUGAAAGUGAAAUAUUCCCACAAUCGAGUUGAAUGAAGUUAUCCCAUUUGGUUGCAGAGUUUGAUGGCUGAGGGGAAAUAACUGUUGUUGAACUUGGUGUGAGUUCUAAUGGCAGCAGUGAGAAGCGAGCAUGGACUGGGUGGUGGUGGUGAGGAUCCCUGAUGAUGGAUGCUGCUUUCCUGUGACAGUGCUCCGUGUAGAUACGUUCUGUGGUUCAAAUGGUUUUACACAGUGGUAUAAUAAUUUUUCCAGUGAACCUAAUGAGUUUUAAAGGAAAUGGAAAACCAAACCCUGUGAGUUUCAGCUCAUACGUUUCAUCUUAUUUGUCAAACUAAAAAUGUAAAAGGACUUCAAAUGUUGCCUCUGGUACGAAUCUGACCACAUUCCUGGCCCCUGCUGUUGCUGGUGUUGAUUCCAGCUGCAAGCCCAGCCAACUUUGUGUUUGUGUCGAUCUGAUUACUAUACACAAAUGUACAGAUGAUGUGAACUAUGUACAGGAAUGAGUGAUCCAGAAGCCAAACCAUAAGGAUUUCCAGAGUUUUACUGUGCAUGGUUAAAGGAGCAUCAACAUGUCCAGUAUGAUUGAUUUAAACUGAUAUUAGAAAAACAUUUAUGUUGUAGAGUUUCUUAAUUUGAAUAUACUGAAAUUUUCUAAAGUUCAAUUAUUUUUCUUUCCUCCGACU